AUGCAUCCUCCAGGCGUCAGGAACUUCUUGUUGUUGGUAUCCUCCCUUCUCUUCCUUGGGCUGUCAGCUGUUCCUCAAAGCUUCUCGCCAUCUCUGAGAAGCUUGUCCGGCGCCCCCUGCAGGCUGUCCAGAGCCGAGUCGGAGCGCAGAUGUCGUGCACCAGGGCAACCCCCAGGGGGCGCGCUGUGCCAUGACCGUGGCCGGUGUGAGUGCGGGGUCUGCAUCUGUCAAGUGACCGAACCUGGCACCUAUUUCGGACCAUUGUGUGAGUGCCACGAGUGGGUGUGCGAGAACUACGACGGGAAAACCUGCGCAGGCCAUGGUACUUGUGACUGCGGCAAGUGCAAGUGUGAUGUGGGCUGGUCUGGGGAAGCUUGCCAGUAUCCAAUCAAGUGUGACCUGACCCAAAAAAUCAGCAAGCAGAUGUGCAAGAACUCUCAAGAUGUUAUCUGCUCCAAUGCAGGUACAUGUCACUGUGGCAGGUGCAAGUGUGAUAAUUCAGAUGGAAAUGGACUCAUUUAUGGUAAAUUUUGUGAGUGUGAUGAUAGAGAAUGCAUAGAUGAUGAAACGGAAGAGGUAUGUGGAGGCCAUGGGAAGUGUUACUGUGGAAACUGUUACUGCGAGGCUGGUUGGCAUGGAGAUAAAUGCGAAUUCCAGUGUGACAUCACCCCCUGGGAAAGCAAGCGAAGAUGCACAUCUCCAGAUGGCAAAAUCUGCAGCAACAGAGGAACAUGUGUUUGUGGUGAAUGUUCUUGCCACGAUGUUGAUCCCACUGGGGACUGGGGAGAUAUCCAUGGGGACACGUGCGAGUGCGAUGAGAGGGACUGUAGAGCUGUGUAUGAUCGAUACUCUGAUGAUUUCUGUUCAGGUCAUGGGCAGUGUAACUGUGGACGAUGUGACUGUAGAGCAGGCUGGUAUGGAAAGAAUUGUGAGCACCCAAGGUCCUGCCCAUUGUCAGCCAAGGAGAGUGCCAGGAAGUGCCAGAGUGGUUCUGACAUGCCUUGCUCUGGAAGAGGCCCUUUUGAGACUGACUCUCCUAACCCUGCUCUCUUUGGAUACCUUGUAGGCAAAUGUGAAUGUGGCAGAUGCACUUGUUACCCUCCAGGGGACAGCAGGGUAUAUGGCAAGACCUGCGAGUGUGAUGACCGGCGCUGUGAAGACCUGGAGGGAGUGGUCUGUGGAGGUGGUAACCAAUUUGUUAGCCUUAUAUCCUGUGCAUGUGCAUUGUUUUGCAUGCCAUUUUUCAUUGGUUAUACCAUUUAA